GUUGGAAUCGCGGCUGCUCGAUCGGUUUGCACCGCUCCAGACAAUGGUCUGAGACUCCACAAUCUGCUGCUGGACAAUCGACGGGAUACAUAGGAGAAGAAAAUAUCACUAGUACCUUUGCAUAUAGCUGCUGAGCUGCAUCACCUUGAAAAGUGGCACCAUGGAUGAAGAUGAUUUACUUCCUUGUGUGGUGAACAUCCCAGGCUCCCGACAUGCAAGCAUGAAUGUGGUUCUUGGCUGUGACAACAAUGCUGUCCUUCAUGCGGUUGACUAUGGAGCCAAAACUGGAGCCAUGGAGAAGUCUGACGUGGCCCAGGGCGGCACCUGCGUGCGCGAGGUGUUCUGGAGCAGCGGCCAGUUCCCCGCCUGGUGGCGGCAGCUGGCCAACGAGUCGGCCGGCGUGUUCUUGGACGCGCAGGCGUUUGAGCUAACUGGCGACGAGACGGGCGCUGCGCCAGAGCCUUCUGAAGCUCAGUCGGCGCUACAGGUGGGUGUCGGUGCCCCGCUCAGCCGGCGCGUUGAAGUAUUCACCCGGCCAGUGUUCAGGUCGUGUCUGCGGGCCAGCAUGGAGACGGUGUCGGCGACGGACGCGGCCGAUGCGGAGAUGCAGCGUCAGCUCCUGGACAGCAUGGAGAUGAUCUGGCACCUCUGCGAGAUCCUCCUCAUCGAAAAGAAGCGAGGGGGUGUGGUGCUGUACCAGCUGCUGGACUGGGUGCGCCAGCACGCCACACAGUUCGACAGGGCCGCCGCCCACGUCACCGAGGCAGAGGUGCCAGAGAGCCACCCCGAGUACUGGAACACGGUAUACGGCUUCGUGCUGCAGGGGCGGCAGGACGCGGCGCGGAAGCUGCUGCGCCUGCACGGCAGCUUCGGCACGGAGCCGUUCGUCAGCGCCGACGAGCUGCUGCGCAAGACGCCGGCGGGCGGCGAGGCGAGCGUGGCCGGCUUCGAACUACGCUGGCGCGGCUGGCAGGAGCAGUGCAUCCGCCGCCUGGAGGACGGCGAGUUCGGCUUCAGCCCUCGCCUCCAGACGCUGGUCAAGAUUCUCUGCGGCGACGCUCCGACCUUCGAGGACCUGUACAAGCAGAUGGGUUCCUGGUACCACCUCAUGGUGUCCUACACCCUGUACUCCCGGCCCUGGGUGGGCAUCUCCGACCUCAGGGACGCGGCCGAGGACAGCAUCGAGGUGUUCGGCGGCGCCAGGCAGCACUCGGCGCUGGACGCCAUGCUGCACGCCGUGGUGGACGGCGACGUGCACACGCUGCUGAAGACGGCGCAGGCGACGCUGCCGGACGGUGCCCCAAGUGGAGACUCGCACAGAGCACCCAGCCGCAGCGCGAGCGGCAAGCGGCUAGACCCGUUUGGGGUCCUACAGGCUCCCCGCGCCCCGGAUAUCCUGGCCAAAGUGGAGUGUUGGGACGCGCCAUGA